AUGAAUGAUUAUCAAAAAAUUAACUUGCCAUACGGACUUAAUGAUUUGGAGCCAGUAAUUUCCUUUAAAACUAUGAUUAAACUUGAUGAAGCAUUGCGAGGAACCGAAAUCGAGCAGCAAUCUUUGGAAAAGUUGAUGGAAAACUUGGAACAAUUACCAGAGGAGAUAAGAAACGAUGUGCGCUUCUUUGGUGGUGGGCUAAUUAAUCAUAACUUUUUUUUUCUCCAUCUUACCCCUUUCAAAUCCGACCACAAAGAGUAUGAACGGGAAGAAAGCAUUAGUUUGGCCUUAUUAAAUCUCAUUCAGGGCAAAUUUACUAACUUGAAAAGAUUGAAAAAAGAAUUAGUGAAAAGUGCCUUGCGGGACGGUCCUUGGUCCUUGCAUUGUCGUCCUCUUAUCGCUAUUGAUGUCUGA